AUGAGUGCCAUUUUCACCCGCGACGGCCAGCCAUUAAAGGUGUACAUUGACAGUGGUGGUGGUUUGAAACAAAAUGUCGAGACCAAAUUGAUCAGCAACGGCGCGUCAUUGGUCGAAGAACGCGCCGCCGCCGACGUGAUCAUCCUGGAUACCCCCCAGCCGCUGGUGGUGCGCCCCGAGUGGAUCGACCUGCUGCUUAUUGCCGGAGAAAUUCUCCCAGAGGAGCCUUACGCUUACGUCGGUGUCUCUGAGACUGUUGCCGUUGCCCCCCAACGAUCUAAGGCUCGAGGCCACUUCAAAUUCACGCCAGACAAGGACGAAUUCAUCCUCGAACGCGUCCGUCAAGAACCGAGAAAACGGAAACUGUUGGAGUUUUACGUGGAGCUUGCCAGUUCCCCGGAAUUAAGAGGCCACACUGGUAAUUCGGUGCGGUCACGGUUUAAUCAGCAGUUGGCAAAGCGCCUCGCGUGGGUGUACGAUCGUGAUCUUGACGGCAACUACAAAUUGGAUGAAGAGGGCAACCGUAAGCGGACCACCGUCAUUCCCGACACGCAAAAGGUUCCCUUUAGCCACCAAGACGACUUCUAUCUUUGUGAAAGAAUUGCUAAAGAGCGCGAAUUCCCCGAUGCCGAAGUAACCAUCACUGAUCCCACACAAUUUUAUCAAGAGGAAAUUGAAGCUCGUAUCAAUGAAAGCAAGACGGAAAUGAUGCCGUAUCCCUUCUAUGGUCAGCUCGCUAAGGAGUUGCCCCAACACUCGCAGAACCUGUGGCGUGACCAUCACCGCAAAUACUUGCUGCUUGAUGCUGUGCCCUACUAUAUUGCGUACUACAAAUGGUGUCAAGAACAGGGGAUCCCCCCGAAGAAGUUGCCCAGAAAGAAGGCUUAUGAUCUGAGUAAGAUCAACGCCAAUCGCAAACGAGCACAAGCGCCGGAGCCUUUGGAUCAAGAGAUCGGCCAGACCGCUGAUUCGGAUAUAUCUCGACUCCAUGCCGUUGACGUGGCCAGAGUAGCUGCUGAAGCUGCAGAACAAGCAGCGCAAGCAGUGGCCGCACAGCAGGCUGAUGAGGCUGAUGACAAUGUCGCUCCCGAGGAGGAACUUACCCGAGAUGGUCCUUCACCCAAACGGGCGAGACGAGCCCCUGAAGAAGAGCAAGUGUCGCAGAUUAGGGAGGAUCUGCUCGUCCCUUCGGAUUCGCAGGACGAAGCCGAGGUGACGGGUCUUGACAUGCUUACCUCAUAUGCCGACGAGGGUGAUGGCCACCACUAUUGCUACAUGAACAAUGCUCUGACCCUUGAUGAGUUUAUUGAUUUUGCCUCAGUAUCUGGACAAUUAAAGGACAAGCGGGAUCGCCACUUUAAAGAGCUUGCGGAAGAAAUUGCCAAAUUGGAGGAUGUAAAGCAGGUGGAGACUCGGUUACGGGAAGAAGGGUUCACGACUAAAUUCAUCGACCACAUACUUCUCAGUUGUCUGAUGCUCAGUCCCGUGGUGGGACGCUAUAUUGAGACGACAGGUCCUAAACUAUUCCGUCUCGCCAUGAAGCCUGGCGAUGUCAAAGUGCCCAUUCUCAGCUACAUUUCGCCCCGAGACGACCCUGAGUUCUGGACUUUAGCUAGAGAUCACGCUUUGGUACGCUACUCGUUCAACGGCACCGACCAGUCGUCACAUGAAAGCAAGCGACGUCAGUUUCUUAUUGACAAUCGCGGACGCAUCGACCCCGAAAUCGUCCCCGAAAGAGACUGA